GAAAUGUCCCUGCAGGACUAUGAGAGACAUUUCGGCUCGCUGAAUUCGGAUUUGGGCAGCGGGUCGGUCGUCAGUGAGCGUUCAACUUCAGGCACAUUUAAUGGCGAAGAGGAGAAGUUGCACUACAUUCCUAUCCGGAUCCUCGGGAGGGGGGCGUUUGGUGAAGCAACUCUGUACAGGAGAACAGAGGACAACUCCCUGGUGGUUUGGAAGGAGGUUGACCUGAACGCACUCUCCGAAAGGGAACGCCGAGAUGUCAUGAAUGAAAUAAGCAUCCUCUCCAUUCUGGAGCACAACAACAUCAUAGCCUACUUCAAUCACUUCAUGGAUAAAAACACUCUGCUCAUUGAGUUGGAGUAUUGUAACGGAGGAAACCUGUACGAUAAAAUCCUUCAGCAGAGGGGGAAACUUUUUUCUGAGAAGGUGGUUAUAUGGUACUUGUACCAGAUUGCUGCAGCAGUGGCCCAUAUUCACAAGGCUGGGAUCUUACACCGAGAUAUAAAAACUCUGAACAUUUUCCUGACUAAAACGGACCUCAUUAAGCUGGGCGACUAUGGUCUUGCAAAGAAGCUGGGUUCAGAGUUUUCAAUGGCAGAGACUUGUGUAGGAACUCCAUAUUACAUGUCACCUGAAUUGUGUCAGGGCUCAAAAUACAACUACAAGUCAGACAUUUGGGCCAUGGGCUGUGUACUUUUUGAAGUGUUAACUCUGACGAGAACAUUUGAUGCAACGAAUCCUCUGAACCUCUGUGUGAAAAUAGUCCAAGGCAACUGGACAAUGGAAGUGAACUCAGAUCUUUAUUCAGCUGGAUUGAUCAAACUGGUGUAUGAGUGUCUUGAUCAAGAUCCUGCAAAGAGGCCCACAUGUGACCAGAUCCUGGACCUUCCUUUCAUCUCCUGCUGCCGACAAGAGCUUGAUGAGCGUGUUGUCUUGCUGAAUUCAGCAAUGAAGAAACCAAAGCUGAGUACAGUAACUGAAUCUCCCGUUGCUGUGGUAACUACACGGUCAAGGGAUGUGUACUUUUGGGGAGGAGGGAAGUUCACCCCUCAGAAAAUUGACUCAUUUAAAGGAGGCAGCGGUGCCCAACACGUGUGUGCAGGAGAGAGCCACUUUGCGGUGGUGACAGUGGAAAAGGAGCUAUACACCUGGGCUAACGUCCAAGGCGGUGCCAAGAUGGUGGGCCAGCUCGGCCAGGGAGAUCAGGCCUCAUACCGGCAGCCAAAGAGGGUGGAGAAGCUCCAGGGGAAGGCCAUCCGUCAGGUUGCAUGUGGGUCUGACUUUACUGCAUGUAUAACUGAAGAGGACCAGGUAUACAUGUUUGGGUCCGACUAUUACGGCUGCAUUGGAGUGGAGUCUGCCCUGGGCAUGGAAAUAUUAGAGCCGGUCCUUCUGGAAUUCUUUGAGGAGCGUCCCGUGCGGCAGGUUUCAUGUGGAGACAACCACGUAGUGGUGCUGUGUCAGAGCGGCGACAUCUACUCGUGGGGCUGCGGAGAGUAUGGACGUCUUGGCCUGGAAUGUGAGGAUGACUUUAAUUCUCCAAUGCAAGUAGAGAUACCUAAAGGCGCCACCAUCUCCUCCGUAUCAUGUGGCAGUGAUGGAACCUUCUUUUUGACGGAGAUGGGCAAAGUGUUGGCAUGUGGAAACAAUGAAUUCAACAAGUUGGGGUUGAACCAGGGAAUCUCUGGUAUCAAAAACCACCCUGGAGAGAGUUACCAGGGAAUACCGUACACCACCACACUGACCUUGGUAAAACAGCUGUCACGUUUCAAGAUCCAAGUCAUAUCUCCAGGGAAGACUCACACAGCUGCUAUUGAUGAACGAGGUCGUCUGAUCACCUUUGGUUGCAACAAGUAUGGACAGCUGGGCGUCAAGGACUUCAAGAAGCAUCAAGGUGUCCAGGUCCUCGUUGGACCGUUUGGAGGAAAGAUGGUGACAAAAGCAUCUUGUGGAGAUGGAUUUACCAUCGUAGCCACUGAGGACAACCAGAUCUUUGCGUGGGGAAAUGCAGGAAACGGGAGACUGGGGAUGCCUGCUGACAGGGGUUUCGGUUCAGAGGUGUGUCCCGCAAUGCCGAGACCUAUUUUCGGUUCUCUCCACCACGUACCUGACCUCUCUUGCCGUGGAUGGCACACCGUCAUCAUAAUGGAAAAAGUGCUUAACUCAAAGACAAUACGCUCAAACAGCAGUGGAAUCUCUAUUGGAUGUGGCCAGGAGGCCUCUACAUCCACAGUAGAUCUGGACAUAGAGCCUGGAGCAGAGACAGAGUGUCGCGACAGGAGUCUUGGAGGAACAUGGGAGGCUAACACGGAGGACUGCUUCAUGGAGACCCCAAUGAUGCCCAUGGCAAAUAAGACAGGAGAUAGCUCCUGUCCACUCUGGCUCAGGAAGGAGCUAGAGGAUGCAGAGUACAUCCCAAUGCCUGAGGGGUCUGAGCUGUGCACUCUUGACCAGCUCCCCUCUAUCUCUGACAGCGUUACUCGGCCUUACGAGGAGCUGAAAGAGCUGAAGGCAGCGGCAGCAGCAGUCAGCAGUAAUAACGGCUUAGCGACGAGACGAAUGAGCUGUGAAAAAGUUAACGGACUCGAGGAUGACGAGUGCAGAAAAGCAGAUUCUGGUGCCUGCUGCAAGGCAAGCAGUGAAGUGGCUCAGCUGCGAGAAGCACUUGCCCGUCAGGAGAUUAGGAUCCAGAUGCUUGAAAAACAGAUCAGUGAUCAGCAGAAAGAGAAUGAGAAACUCUGGGCAGCUAUGAAUCGCUUAGAGCUGCAGGAAACACAGCAGGACAUUAACAGAAACCAUCACUCUGAUUGUAUGCCUGGAGAAAGAGGGGGAGGAGGAGGAGGUGGAGGAGAAAGAAGAGAAAGAAGAGGCGGAUUCACAAAUCAUGGAGACCGGCCCGCUGGAGCUAGUGUGUGAGAUUUUAACCUGUGCGAGUUAUGAGAGAAGUGAUAUUAAUCUUAGCACAUGUUGCAUUUACCAAGCUGGUUAUAUGAGACGCAGAGGCUCCGUUCGAGGAUCAGCAGAGGCCACAUCCUCCUUCUCAUUCAAAGUUUACGUUACAGACCAGAUGUUUAACAGCGUACUCAGUUGCAUGAAUACAUGUCAUAGAUGUGUAGACGUGUAAUGCACUGCACACUUGUUUUCAUCUGAAAGCAGUGAUUUAGCUCAUUUCAGCAGACUGAAAUGUAUGCUGGAUUCAACAAGAAGCAUCAGACUUUAACAUGUUCUAGAGACCAUCUUAUCAGUGUUACGCUGCAGCACAAAUGUUGAGUUUGUGCAUUGGUAUCAUAUUUGAUUUUUGAGAUUUUAGCAGCGAGGCUCCAGUCCUCAGUGCGCAGAUACUGGUAUUUGUCACAUGUCAUACCAGUCUAUAGAAAAAAGGACACUGCCUAAUAUAUCCCAAAUGUUGAGAUAUAAGAAGGUGAGCAGGCAGUAUGUCUGCAUGAUCUUCUAAUGUGAACUAGAUAGACAUACAGUAUAUUUUUUCAGUUCAAAUAUAAAAGAUAAACAGUGUAUUGCUUAUUUUCUUUGCAUAUGACAUUCUUAAUUGCCAUAUGCAUUGUUGUCUCUAAAGUUUUUCAUAUUAAUGAAACCUUUUUGCAAAGACAAUCCAAAUUAUCUUGAGAAUCUUUUUAUUUGCAUGUUCUUUUUUUCAUUGAAUUUGUGUGAAAAAUGAAACUACUGACUUCUUUGUUUUUACAUUACUUUUUUGUUGUUGCCUUCUUUGCCUCAUGCAGUCUUGUUAAUUGAAACACGUCAGUUUGCCUUAUGAUAUGAAUACUUGAACGGUUUUUAUAGGAACAGUUUGUGACCCUGCCGUUAAAAUGUUUUCUUAUUGGCUUUUUUUAAAGCAUUGUGUCUGUCUUUAUCACUUUUUGAAAUGUAAUUGUUCUUUUUGUGCAUCAUUUGUGAAAAAAGGAUUGUCACUGGUUUGUUUUUUCCUUCAUUUCUACUUUUGGAUUGUUUAAACAUAUGUGGAGCACCGUUUUAAUGUUUAGAAGUCCUUCCGUUUGUCUGCUAUCUAACACUGGCAGUUUUUUUAUGUUUCAAACGUAAGCAAGCUGUCAAAUUGAGAAUUAUCACAAUACUGUGCGUUUGAUGAAAAUGUUUAUGUUUUUAAACAUUUAAUCUUACGGUUUUCAGCAAAUCAGCAAACAUUUGGACAAAACCAACAAGAUUUACUAUAUUUAGGUUCUCGUAUUGUCUGUACACUCCACAAUUCAAGCUAGCAGCCGGCUUUUAUUUUGUGUCUAAUCAACAGUUCCCACAAUAUAAGCUACAAUGUACUGUUGACGUGUGUGUAUUUAAUGAUAGAAUAUUAAAAAUGCUUGA